AUGGUAAAACUAAAGGAUAUGAGCGUAGAUCAGAUUUCGGAUGGGUCUCCAGAUCGUAAAUCUAAACGGAAUCGUAUCUCUUUUGUAUGUCAAGCUUGCAGGAAAAGCAAAACUAAGUGUGACCGUGAGAAGCCGGUGUGUAGUCGGUGUGAGAAGAAUAAUAUAAGAUGCGUAUAUGAUAUUGAGAAGCAACGUGCACCUCGGGUACCUAGUAAGGAUGCCACUAUCAAGAGACUUGCUCAGGAGUUGGAGUAUUGGAAGAAGAAGGCGGGGCAGUACAUGGGAUUGGAAAGUGGAGAACAAUUACCAAGGGCGAAGAGGAUGAGAACAGUAGACAGUGGUGAUGAGCAAAUGAGUGUCGGUGGGAUGGACUCUACGUUUGUUGAAGAUUACCCUGCACCGAAGGUGGGGAUGUUGCUUGACGGGAAGGAGGUUUUACGGCCUAGUGAUAUUAUGAUCAACUUUUGCGAGCAGUCUCCACAGCUGCUUAUGAAAAGUAAUAUGAAGCGGGACAUUAAGGCAUCCUGUGAGUUGGCUCAGGUGCGCCAGGAUAAGUUUUUAUCGUUAUUUAUUUCUUCUGUGUUCGCGAGUGCAUCGAAAAAUGCGCUUAUACACUCAAUUCCGUCUCAAGACAGCUCGCCCAACUUUGAAAACUCUACAAAGAGGCAGAAUGCUAUGACCAUGAGGGACACUAUGUUCCGUAUAGCUACCACGGAUCGCGAGAGAGAGCAGAUAAUACAGUUUACGGAUCGGAUGACACAGGGGAAUUCGAUAUCUGAGAGUAGGGCGGGGUUUUACAUCCGCAUGUUCACCGGCUUUCUUUACAAACACUACAUUGAGGACCACUGCUCAAAGGGAGCAAAAUACUCGGAUACGCUAAGGGACUUGAUCGUAAAGGUGGAGAUGUUCCUACCUCCGUUGAAAAACAUCCGAGUAUAUUUGCUUCAUUUUUAUAAGUACGUUUAUCCCGUUGUUCCGUUCCUAGAAAUGGAUCUGUUUGAAGCGACUUUGGCAGACCUGCUUAUAGAAGAUCCAAUUGGAAAUGGAAGGGUCAAGCUGAAUAUUGGGUACGACAAUAUAAGGUCGAAGGUGGAGACAAUUUCUAUUCUGCUUAUUGUUCUUAAACUAUCUUGGAUUUCAAUGCACUUCGCUGAGGGAUAUUCUCAGCGCAGUUGUUUAUCCUUGAGUAGCGAUGUUACAGAGUGUCUAGCUUCUUAUCCUAUCUCCGACGAAGCGGUGACGUUAUCUCAACGAGCAAUUGUGAGUGUCAACUUGUUCAUUUGGUCAAAUGAAAAUACGAUUGCAUGUCUGCUCUACUUAUGGGCUUAUUUUGUCUUUGCUCCGCAACAGGGCGACUUCGGGUUGGGUCAACCAACGGAGGUCAUACUAAGUCUAGUGAAUUCUAUGGCCAUGAAUAUUGGUUUACACAGGGAUCCUUCGAUGUAUGCACAGUUAAAUGAUCCUUCAGUUAGCGAUCCCCGCGUGAGAAACUACCAUCGAAAACUCUGGAUGAGUAUAUCUAUUACAUGUAGGUAUGAAACAGGCCUCAGAGGUAAGUAUGCACAAGGACUUCAGGAACAUACCAAUCCUUAUAUGCGGAACCCUGAAAAGUACAUGGAAAAGGUCUGGGCUGAUAUGCAGAAGCCUGACCCUUAUUGCGCUGUGAUCCAUUCCUGUACUUUCAAGAAGUAUCAACUUCUACUGAUGAUGUCAGAGUUGGACGAUAUAUCUGUUUACGGAACGAAGGCUUUAUCAUUGGAAAAGAUCGAGGCCCUGUUGCAAAGAACGCAGAAUUAUUUGGAUACUGAAAUUCCAUCAGACUUGACUGAUUUUAGCUCUAGCUCAGAAUUUAUGAAAUUAAAUUUAGAGUGUUGUUCAAGUGAGGUAAUAGAUAUCAUGAAGGUGAAAAGAAUACUCUUCUACCAGACGUACGUGUUAACAAAGUUAUCUAUACUGAAGACUGUGACUAAUUUGAUGCUCUAUUUUGAGAAAUUAGUCUUUGAUAACAAAAAGGAGUAUAUGCCUUACUUUCUCAAGUAUUUCUUAAUUACAGUCAAGGAAACUGUACAGUUUACUGAUUUAUUGGUGCGGCAGAUAAACUGCGAGAUAGACGAUCCAUACCUUUUAUACAUGAAGUUUUGCAAUGACAAAACAGCCCAAUUGAGUGUAUCGACGGUUCUUUUCUGUUGGUUAACUGUAAUUUUAAGGAUGAUCCAUUCGGAAUACUUACUGCAAAAAGAAUUGCAGAAUGGAGAGUUGAUUGGAGUUGAGGAUGUUUAUACAACUAAGCAAAAAUUACAACAUAUUACGGCCAUUAAGGAGAAUACUAUAGAAGUACUUGAUCUACUGUGCACAAUUAUAACUAAAAAAUUGGGAUUGACAUACUUCUCUGUAUUCCAAAUUCUAGUGUUCUUUGAUUAUUGCAACCAAAUUAUUAAAAAAGGUGAAGUAUUAAAUAUAUUCUCUAGGGUGACGCAAUUAACGUACCAUCCAAAGCUCAGAAAUGGUAUCUAUCAGGGCUUUGGGGUUGAUGUCAAUAAAAAAGACAAUAUCCUGCAGUUCCUAAAUGAUACUACGUUCAUUAGACAGGUUAGUAUACAGCAGUUAAAAGCUAUAGUGGAAUUUUCUGGUAAAAUUCCCUUGGAUAUGGCAAAUGACAUCUCCCCUAUGGAUCCUAUUGAUACGAAAAUAUCAAUGCAAAGCACUAAUACUGUUGCAGAGAACACUCCCCUGUCAGUGUCUAGUAACCUUCCAUUUCCAGUCAAUAACGAACUUCAUUCAUUCGUUGUUGGACAGAACGGAAAUGAUAGCAACCAAGAAUUCAGUGCUGACUUCCAAAACUUCUCUAAUGCUCCAUUAGAACCUCUAAUAUCAUUUGAUGAUUUAGAGUUAUUGGAUUAUGAAUUUUUGUUUGGAAACAUUGGAUAA